AUGGCGCCCCAGAGAGAGGUUGCGAAGGCAGUGUGUGUGGCCAUGGGGGGAUGGCGGGACGUCAGGAUGGUGCACUGGGAAGAUGGGGAGAGGGUGAGGGGGUGGGAUGGGGAGAAGUCUGAUGAGGCGAAUGGGGGUGAUGAGGUGAAUGGAGAUGAUGAGGGGAAUGGGGAUGAUGAGGGGAAUGGGGAUGAUGAGGGGAAGGAUGAUGAGGGGAAUGGGGAUGAUGAGGGGAAUGCGGAUGAUGAGGGGAAUGCGGAUGAUGGGGGGAAUGAGGAUGAUGAGGGGAAUGAGGAUGAUGGGGGGAAUGGGGAUGAUGAGGGGAAUGGGGAUGAUGAGGGAAAUGAGGAUGAUGGGGGGAAUGGGGAUGAUGAGGGGAAUGGGGAUGAUGAGGGGAAUGCGGAUGAUGAGGGGAAUGCAGAUGAUGGGGGGAAUGAGGAUGAUGAGGGGAAUGAGGAUGAUGGGGGGAAUGGGGAUGAUGAGGGGAAUGGGGAUGAUGAGGGAAAUGAGGAUGAUGGGGGGAAUGGGGAUGAUGAGGGGAAUGGGGAUGAUGAGGGGAAUGGGGAUGAUGAGGGGAAUGCGGAUGAUGAGGGGAAUGGGGAUGAUGAGGGGAAUGGGGAUGAUGAGGGGAAUGCGGAUGAUGAGGGGAAUGGGGAUGAUGAGGGGAAUGGGGAUGAUGAGGGGAAUGCGGAUGAUGAGGGGAAUGCGGAUGAUGGGGGGAAUGGGGAUGAUGAGGGGAAUGGGGAUGAUGAGGGGAAUGAGGAUGAUGAGGGGAAUGGGGAUGAUGAGGGGAAUGGGGAUGAUGAGGGGAAUGAGGAUGAUGAGGGGAAUGGGGAUGAUGAGGGGAAUGAGGAUGAUGAGGGGAAUGGGGAUGACGAGGGGAAUGGGGAUGAUGAGGGGAAUGAGGAUGAUGAGGGGAAUGAGGAUGAUGAGGGGAAUGAGGAUGAUGAGGGGAAUGAGGAUGAUGAGGCAAAUGAGGAUGAUGAGGGGAAUGAGGAUGAUGGGGGGAAUGGGGAUGAUGAGGGGAAUGGGGAUGAUGAGGGGAAUGGGGAUGAUGAGGGGAAUGAGGAUGAUGAGGGGAAUGAGGAUGAUGAGGCGAAUGGGGAUGAUGAGGGGAAUGGGGAUGAUGAGGGGAAUGAGGAUGAUGAGGGGAAUGGGGAUGAUGAGGGGAAUGGGGAUGAUGAGGGGAAUGCGGAUGAUGGGGGGAAUGAGGAUGAUGAGGGGAAUAAGGAUGAUGGGGGGAAUGGGGAUGAUGAGGGGAAUGGGGAUGAUGAGGCGAAUGGGGAUGAUGAGGGGAAUGGGGAUGAUGAGGGGAAUGGGGAUGAUGAGGGGAAUGAGGAUGAUGAGGCGAAUGAGGAUGAUGAGUCGAAUGAGGAUGAUGAGGCGAAUGAGGAUGAUGAGGGGAAUGGGGAUGAUGAGGGGAAUGAGGAUGAUGGGGGGAAUGAGGAUGAUAAGGGGAAUGAGGAUGAUGAGGGGAAUGAGGAUGAUGAGGGGAAUGAGGAUGAUGAGGCGAAUGAGGAUGAUGAGGGGAAUGAGGAUGAUGAGGGGAAUGGGGAUGAUGAGGGGAAUGGGGAUGAUGAGGGGAAUGCGGAUGAUGGGGGGAAUGAGGAUGAUGAGGGGAAUGAGGAUGAUGAGGGGAAUGAGGAUGAUGAGGGGAAUGGGGAUGAUGGGGGGAAUGAGGAUGAUGAGGCGAAUGGGGAUGAUGAGGGGAAUGAGGAUGAUGAGGGGAAUGAGGAUGAUGAGGGGAAUGGGGAUGAUGAGGGGAAUGAGGAUGAUGGGGGGAAUGAGGAUGAUAAGGGGAAUGAGGAUGAUGAGGGGAAUGAGGAUGAUGAGGGGAAUGAGGAUGAUGAGGCGAAUGAGGAUGAUGAGGGGAAUGAGGAUGAUGAGGGGAAUGGGGAUGAUGAGGGGAAUGGGGAUGAUGAGGGGAAUGCGGAUGAUGGGGGGAAUGAGGAUGAUGAGGGGAAUGAGGAUGAUGAGGGGAAUGAGGAUGAUGAGGGGAAUGGGGAUGAUGGGGGGAAUGAGGAUGAUGAGGCGAAUGGGGAUGAUGAGGGGAAUGAGGAUGAUGAGGGGAAUGAGGAUGAUGGGGGGAAUGGGGAUGAUGAGGGGAAUGGGGAUGAUGAGGGAAAUGAGGAUGAUGGGGGGAAUGGGGAUGAUGAGGGGAAUGGGGAUGAUGAGGGGAAUGGGGAUGAUGAGGGGAAUGCGGAUGAUGAGGGGAAUGGGGAUGAUGAGGGGAAUGGGGAUGAUGAGGGGAAUGCGGAUGAUGAGGGGAAUGGGGAUGAUGAGGGGAAUGGGGAUGAUGAGGGGAAUGCGGAUGAUGAGGGGAAUGCGGAUGAUGGGGGGAAUGGGGAUGAUGAGGGGAAUGGGGAUGAUGAGGGGAAUGAGGAUGAUGAGGGGAAUGAGGAUGAUGAGGGGAAUGGGGAUGAUGAGGGGAAUGAGGAUGAUGAGGCGAAUAGGGAUGAUGAAGGGAAUGAGGAUGAUGAGGGGAAUGGGGAUGAUGAGGGGAAUGAGGAUGAUGAGGGGAAUGGGGAUGACAAGGGGAAUGGGGAUGAUGAGGGGAAUGAGGAUGAUGAGGGGAAUGAGGAUGAUGAGGGGAAUGAGGAUGAUGAGGGGAAUGAGGAUGAUGAGGCGAAUGAGGAUGAUGAGGGGAAUGAGGAUGAUGGGGGGAAUGGGGAUGAUGAGGGGAAUGGGGAUGAUGAGGGGAAUGGGGAUGAUGAGGGGAAUGAGGAUGAUGAGGGGAAUGAGGAUGAUGAGGCGAAUGGGGAUGAUGAGGGGAAUGGGGAUGAUGAGGGGAAUGAGGAUGAUGAGGGGAAUGGGGAUGAUGAGGGGAAUGGGGAUGAUGAGGGGAAUGCGGAUGAUGGGGGGAAUGAGGAUGAUGAGGGGAAUAAGGAUGAUGGGGGGAAUGGGGAUGAUGAGGGGAAUGGGGAUGAUGAGGCGAAUGGGGAUGAUGAGGGGAAUGGGGAUGAUGAGGGGAAUGGGGAUGAUGAGGGGAAUGAGGAUGAUGAGGCGAAUGAGGAUGAUGAGUCGAAUGAGGAUGAUGAGGCGAAUGGGGAUGAUGGGGGGAAUGAGGAUGAUGAGGGGAAUGAGGAUGAUGAGGGGAAUGGGGAUGAUGAGGGGAAUGAGGAUGAUGGGGGGAAUGAGGAUGAUAAGGGGAAUGAGGAUGAUGAGGGGAAUGAGGAUGAUGAGGGGAAUGAGGAUGAUGAGGCGAAUGAGGAUGAUGAGGGGAAUGAGGAUGACGGGGGGAAUGAGGAUGAUGAGGGGAAUGAGGAUGAUGAGGGGAAUGAGGAUGAUGAGGCGAAUGAGGAUGAUGAGGGGAAUGAGGAUGAUGAGGGGAAUGGGGAUGAUGAGGGGAAUGGGGAUGAUGAGGGGAAUGCGGAUGAUGGGGGGAAUGAGGAUGAUGAGGGGAAUGAGGAUGAUGAGGGGAAUGAGGAUGAUGAGGGGAAUGGGGAUGAUGGGGGGAAUGAGGAUGAUGAGGCGAAUGGGGAUGAUGAGGGGAAUGAGGAUGAUGAGGGGAAUGAGGAUGAUGAGGGGAAUGGGGAUGAUGAAGGGAAUGAGGAUGAUGAGGGGAAUGGGGAUGAUGAGGGGAAUGAGGAUGAUGAGGCGAAUGCGGAUGAUGAGGCGAAUGGGGAUGAUGAGGCGAAUGAGGAUGAUGAGGGGAAUGAGGAUGAUGAGGGGAAUGGGGAUGACGAGAGGAAUGAGGAUGAUGAGGCGAAUGGGGAUGAUGGGGGGAAUGAGGAUGAUGAGGGGAAUGGGGAUGACGAGGCGAAUGGGGAUGAUGAGGGGAAUGAGGAUGAUGAGGCGAAUGAGGAUGAUGAGGGGAAUGGGGAUGACGAGGCGAAUGAGGAUGAUGAGGCGAAACUACUUGGCAAUUGUGUGGGCAGGAACGAGACAAAGAUUCAAUCAUUCAAUCCUGCAACGACUGAAAACCACCUGAGCUCCAGCCCAUGUGACCGUGUGCUCAGGCACAUGUGUGAAAGGCGGAGUGCAUGA